AGUUAUACCCCUUUGUCCUAUUUGUUUGGACGAGACUCUGGAGAGGGUUCCCCAGUUUUUGCCUUUAUAUAAUGCACUUUCUCUUUGUUUAGUUUUCCAACCCACACUCAUCUCUUCGAAACUAAACCCAGUUUGCCUUUAUAGUGUGCAUGUUUGGUGCCACAGUCGAAAACUCGAUAGCCAUUGAUUCUGCAGGCAUGCCAGAGGCUCCAAAGCACUUGUGCCACGAGGCAAAGGAGCUUGAUGAUGGUGGCAGUAACAGUAGUAUGAUCCAGGAGAAUAAGAGAGCCCUGGAAUACAUUGAAGAGGUCACCAGAAACGCUGAUGAAAUUCAAGAAAAAGUGCUUGCAGAGAUCCUUUCUUGUAGUGCAGAAGCUGAGUACCUCAAACGCCAUGGCCUAGAUGCUCGCACUGACAGAAUCACUUUCAAAAAGCUCGUCCCAGUGGUCACUUACGAGGAUUUAAAGCCUCAUAUUGAUCGCAUAGCCAACGGUGAUACCUCCCCAAUUUUAUGUUCCAAACCCAUCUCAGAAUUCCUCACUAGCUCGGGAACGUCUGGUGGGGAGAGAAAACUGAUGCCUACCAUCGAAGAAGAACAAGAGAGAAGAUCAUUGCUUUAUAGCUUGUUGAUGCCAGUGAUGGAUCAGUUUGUGCCUGGUUUGGAGAAAGGAAAAGGCAUGUACUUUCUUUUCACAAAAUCAGAAGCCAAAACUCCUGGUGGCCUCCUUGCUCGUCCAGUUCUCACCAGCUAUUACAAAAGCUCACAGUUCAAGCACCGCAAACAUGAUCCCUAUACAAACUACACCAGCCCCAAUGAAACCAUUCUCUGCCCUCACUCUUACCAAAGCAUGUACUCUCAGUUGCUCUGUGGCCUUUGCCAAAACGAGCAAGUUCUUCGCGUUGGGGCAGUCUUCGCUUCCGGUUUCAUCCGUGCCCUUAAGUUCCUCGAAAAGCAUUUCCUUUCUCUCUGCAAUGACAUAAGAACGGGCACCCUCGACGCCAAAAUCACUGACCCCUCUGUUAGAGAAGCUGUCAUGAAACUCCUGAAACCAAAUCCCACGCUUGCGGAUUUCAUUGAAGCCGAAUGCUUGAAGGGGUCGUGGAAGGGAAUCAUCACCAGGAUAUGGCCUAACACCAAGUAUGUUGAUGUUAUUGUCACGGGAACCAUGUCUCAGUAUAUUCCCAUAUUGGAUUAUUAUAGCAAUGGUCUUCCUCUUGUGUGCACCAUGUACGCUUCUUCUGAGUGCUACUUUGGCCUCAAUUUGAACCCCUUGUGUGAUCCAAGUGAGGUGUCUUACACACUCAUUCCCACCAUGGCCUACUUUGAAUUCUUGCCCGUCUAUCAGAUCAAUGGACAUACUGAUUCCAUUUCUAACCUAGAUCAUGAACAUCUGGUAGAUCUUGUUGAUGUGAAGUUGAAUCAAGAGUACGAGCUUCUGGUCACCACUUAUGCAGGACUUUAUAGGUACCGGGUUGGCGACAUCCUCCGUGUAGCUGGAUUCAAGAACAAGGCUCCUCAGUUCAACUUCGUGUGUCGAAAGAACGUGGUUCUGAGCAUUGAUUCUGAUAAAACCGACGAAGUUGAGCUCCACAAUGCUGUAAAAACUGGUGGCGAUCAUCUUCCACAAUUCGGUGCAUCUCUCACUGAAUACACCAGUUGCGUGGACACGUCAACAAUCCCAGGCCAUUACGUUGUCUAUUGGGAAAUCAACACAAAUGGGGGGAAAAUCCCAGAAAUUCCUUCUUCUGUUUUUUGUGAUUGUUGUCUGGCAAUUGAAGAAUCUCUGAACAGCGUGUAUCGGCAGGGAAGGGUGUCGGAAUGUAUUGGAGCCUUGGAAAUUAGGGUGGUUGAGAAUGGCACGUUUGACAAACUCAUGGACUUUGCUCUUAGCCAAGGUGCCUCCAUAAACCAAUACAAGACACCUCGUUGCGUCACUUAUGUGCCCAUCAUCGACCUUCUUAACUCCAAAGUUGUUUCCAAUUACUUCAGCCCCAAAUGCCCAACUUGGGUCCCUGGUCACAAGAAUUGGUUCACAGAAAAUUAGUCCAUCAUGUUUCCAUUGUGAUUAGCGCAGAAAUUAAACCCGUCCCACUCCACUGUAGUCUUUCAAGUUUUAGUAAUAAACCGAAUAAGAUAUUUUAUCAUGGUAUAAUUUAAGUUAACUUGUAGGAUUUAAUCUAGAAAGAGACUAGUUUCUUCUGGUGAACUACAUUUUAAAUCCUGAAAGAAGAUUGUAGUGUGUAAGAAACUGGGUGUGCAGCUAAAUAUCAUAACAAUUUCCAACAUUGAGCCGUAGUAAUGGUAGAAAGUAUCCUUACUCUUCUGCGAAAUGGUGAUGCUUUUACUUCUUUUGAAUUCGUAUACAUGCAUAGCCAACUGUAGCAGGCAUGAAGUGACACACACCCGCUGCUGAUACAGUUCAAUAUAUGCUUCAGAAGUUAUUAUUGAGGUUUGUUUACCAAACCAAUCA